AUCAACAAUCGAUUAUCAUCGACAAAACAUUAUGGACAUUAAACAAUUAUCAUCAUCAUCCUCAUCAUCAUCUUCGUCAUCAUCAUCAUCAUCCCAUCAAAUGUUGGAAAAAUUAUCAAAAUCAGAAACAAUCGAAUUACGUAAUAAACAUGUUGGUCCAUCGGUAACAUUAUUUUUUAAGAAAAAUCCAUUAAAAAUUAUACGUGGUCAAGGACAAUAUAUGUAUGAUGAAAAAGAUAAUGCAUAUCUUGAUUGUAUUAAUAAUGUUGCACAUGUUGGCCAUUGUCAUCCGGCUAUUAUUGAUGCAGCAACAGAACAAAUGAAAUUAAUCUAUACAAAUAGUAGAUUUUUACAUGAUAAUCUUGUUGUUUAUGCUAAACGUAUUACAGAUACAAUGCCAAAACCAUUAUCGGUUUGUUAUUUUGUUAAUUCGGGAUCUGAAGCAAAUGAUUUAGCAAUACGUCUGGCACGUAGCCAUACAAAAAACAAAGAUAUCAUUGCAAUCGAUGGUGCAUAUCAUGGCCAUCUAACAACAUUAAUCGAUAUAUCACCAAUGAAAUUUAUGAAAAUCAAAGGAGCCAAAAAAAAGAAAUGGGUUCAUGUGACAUCAUUACCUUGUUCAUAUCGUGGUAAAUACAAUUUGGAUAAUUGUGAAUCAUCCAAUGAAAUUGGUCAACGUUAUGGUGAAGAAGUAAAACAAAUCAUUCAGGAUGCUCAUGAUCAAGGACGACAAAUUGCUGCAUUCAUACAUGAAUCAAUGAUCAGUUGUGGUGGACAAGUUUUAUUACCCGAAAAUUAUCUUAAAAAUGUUUACAAACAUGUUCGUGAUGCUGGAGGUGUUUGUAUUGCCGAUGAAGUUCAAGUUGGAUUUGGACGUACAGGAAAAAUGUGGGCAUUUGAAUAUCAAAAUGUUAUACCGGAUAUUGUAACUAUGGGUAAACCGAUGGGUAAUGGACAUCCAAUUGCUUGUGUUAUUACAACACCCGAAAUUGCCGAAAGUUUUGCACGUAUCGGUACAGAAUAUUUCAACACUUAUGGUGGUAAUCCUGUUUCAUUGGCCGUAGCAAAUGCCGUACUUGAUGUAAUUGAACAGGAAAAAUUAAUCGAUCAUGGCAUUCAGGUGGGCGAAUUGUUUUUAGAAGAGCUACAAAAAUUGAAGAAAAAGUAUUCAUUAAUCGGAGAUAUUCGUGGUAGCGGCCUAUUUAUCGGUAUCGAAUUAGUUAAUAAUCGUCGUACAAAAGAACCGGCCACAUUAAUUGCUGAAUAUAUUGUUGCACGUUUUAAAGAAAAUUGUAUAUUAAUGAGUACGGAAGGAAAAUUUGGAAAUGUAUUGAAAAUCAAACCACCAAUGAUAUUCAAUGAAACAAAUGUUAAACAAUUUAUAUUCAUAUUUGAAGAAAUAUUACAAGAUAUUAAUUAUAUUCAUCAAAAUCGUACACGUAGUUCAUCAUUAAGUUCAGCAUAUAGUUCAGAUUCAAUAUCCAUAUCCGUUGGUAAUAGUAAUAAUGGUAAUGGCCAGAUUAAUGUUGAAAAUAUGAGUUCAGAUUCAUUAUCUGAUGAAGAUUCAUCUAUCAUAUCCGAAUAAUCAAUCUAUA